ACCAAACAAGUGUUCGUAUCGCAUUGUCGUAUUUUUACCCAUACUAAUGUUUAAGUCAAAUAUUUUUACACUUUUUAUAUUUUCUAUUUUCGUACCGAGAGGAUUUUGUGAAUUGCAAUUUAACAAUUUGCAUGAGAAGCUAGUACUGAGUUUAAUAAAAGCAAAACCGGGGACAAAUGUGGUGGCUUCAGAGGUGCUGGUGCGACUACCGCUUUGCAAGCUGGCGAGUGUCGCAGAAGGUCAAGCCAAGGUGGAGCUGAUGACUGCUCUAGGAUAUAUGGAUAAUACCUCUUUAAGUGCCUACUAUCCAGGGAUCAAAAAUGCAAUGAAAACAAUGGCGAUAACAGAUUUGACUCUUGCGCACCGAAUCUUCGUGAACUACACUAAAGAAAUUGAUCCGAAGUUUAUUACAUACUCCGUGGACAAUUUUGGAAUUAGAGUCGAAAAAGUUGGAUUUAAUUAUCCAAAAGCAGCGACUACACAUAUCAAUAAUUUGAUUAGCUCUAUUACGUUCAAACGGAUAACAAAUAUAUUGGAGGAUUCCGAUGUAAACAAACAAACACAAAUGAUUAUUGUAACCGCCGCUCAUUUCAAGGGCACUUGGGAGUUUCCGUUCGAUUUGCGUCUGACCAAACUGACGAAGUUCCAACGCCUCGAUGGAAAAGUCAUAACGAUACCAAUGAUGAGCAAGACUGAUCCGUUUCAACACGUCGCAACAGGGGACUGUCAGGCUAUAUCAAUUAAAUUUGGAAAUUGGAGAACAACAUUUACACUCGUGUUACCAAACAGUGAGCAACAGUUACCAGCUCUACUGGAUAAAAUUUAUAACCAGAAAGGUUAUGUAGAGAAUCUUGUGAGGAGUAUGAAUACUCGUCCUAUGAAAGUCACUUUCCCAAGGUUUAAGAUUAAGACUUUUGUCGACUGGACUGGAUUUCUUAAAGAGUUAGGAAUCAAUUCCAUUUUCAAUGCCACUUCCUCAGGCCUGGAAGGAAUUUUAAUAAAUUCUACUAAGCCCAUAGCAUUGAAUAAAAUAAAACAAAAAGUUUAUGUUCAAAUCGAUGAAGUUGGUGUUGCCAGAUUCUGGAAUGCCAUUAAUGGGGCACCACAGGUACCAACACAGAUGCCAAAUUUUAUAGAUUUGCCCCAAUUCACUGCAGACAGGCCAUUCUACUUUGAGGUUUCUUUGGACUUUGAUACUGCCCGAUAUAAAAUGUUCGCUGGUGUCUACUACGGCCCUGAAGAAACCCCUACUAAUGCUAAUGACUUUCAUUUCUAAUAAUUUGUUGAUUAGUUUUAAGUUUUUAUCUGUAAACUUGUAAAUAAAAUUUGAUUCGUA